AUGGCAGAGAAGCUAGGCAUAGCUGGAGCCUUGCAGCGCCCUACUACUUCAAUCAUCUUUGGAGAUGCCACUACUAAGUCUCCUCUUGGAGUGUUCAAGAACUAUCACUUGAAAAUUGGAGAAUGCAUCAUCCAAACUGAUCUCACUGUGAUGGAAAUGGAAGAAGAGAAGGAUUUGCCUCUGUUAUUGGGAACCCCUUUCCUUAGUACAGUUGGCGCUUCAAUUGACUUUCACAAGCAAGAGGUUGUGAAAGAAAGGGUUGACAAGGAACCAAGAGUUGGGAAGGAUAAGGUUGACAAAGAGAUUGAUAAAGGAGCAAGGAUUGAGAAGCCACGACUUGAGAGGGCUAGAAUUGAGAAACCGCGUUCUGAUAGGCCAAGAGCUGAGAGACUUGUUCAAGCCCCUUGUGUGCUUGAUGAAGAGAGCCUUCAAGCUUUGUUUGAUGAGCCACUAGGAAGGGCUCUAAAAGGAGGGGAGGAUGUAGCCUCUAAGGCAAGACCAGGGGAUAAAAGAAAAGACCCACCAGCUCAGACCCCUUCAUCCAAGCCAUAUCAGCUCACAAUGACUUUGUUCCCCACCAAGUUUGAAAAUGGGAAGAUUGAGUACAAGGUAAGGUACAAGGGGAGAUCAAGGCCAUUCUCUAGAGCCAAGGCUUUGGUGACUUCAGAACAGUCCAGGGACCCAGCCAAGCUAAAGGAGCUUCUGUCUCAAGUCCUCACUAUCACCCUUGAUGGUGGGACUAGCUCAACCAAUGCCUAA